GUAGUGGAUUUGGUGGAAAUGAAGCAUAAUUUUGUUUUGUAUUCUCUUUUAUCUCGUAUAGCGCUGUAGGAAAUACGCUUUUUAUACAGGAAUUGGUGAGGAAGUCAAUCCUUCAAUUACACACAGUGUGUGCUCAACCAUUUCUUCAUCCAACAGAUCUAUCUGCAGCUAAGUAAAAGGGAGCAAAUCUUCCAAAUCUUACACCCACCAUGGAGGACCAACCGAAGGCCGAAGGUGAGGCGGACAAAAAGAUUGUCCACGUAUACCCACUGGUCAAGUAUUCCGAUAUGAAUGACGAUGUCCGAGCCGAGGCGAUAGAAUUGAGCAUUACAGCGUGUGAGAAAUACGCACAAAACUACGAGGUUGCCGCCAAAACGAUCAAAGAGCUGAUGGACAAAAAGUUUGGCACCUUCUGGCAUGUGGUCGUCGGCGAAGGCUUCGGUUACGAGGUGUCGUACGAGACGAAGAACAUACUGUACCUGUUUUUCGGUGGCAACUUAGCGAUCGUGCUGUGGAAGUGUUCCUAAGCAACCGCUUGGGAUCAAUGGUGGCAUGGUUGUUUUUCUAAUAGUAGUCCAAUUGUUUCUAGUAUCGUGCAGCAGUAAGCAGCAAUGAAGGUUCCCAUUUUGCAAAUUCAAGAUAAAUACAGCCGCUGCUCUUUGAUGGCGAUUUGUUAAGUAAAUGUGUGUGUGGCCAUAUUCCUGUGUAAGUUUCCCGAUCCUUGUUUUUCCCCCCGUCCAAUUAUCCUCCUCAAAACCAUGUAAAAAUUUCAAAAUUCAAACACAAAAGCGCACAUGUGUGUAAAGUGUCCCUACCUUGUAAAAAAACAUUUAAAAAACUAUCCUUCUUAUUUGCACUACUAUGAAAAUUGGAAACUGAUGAUCCUCUGUACAUAUGCUAUUAAGUGUGUGUGUGUUCUUUUUGUAUAUGUGUAAAAAGAAAACUGUACAGAAAAUGGUAAAACACAAAACUAAUGUACCAUAAUUGGAGAUCGGUUCAAAAAUCUGUAAAAAUUCCUUUUUUAACCCUCCAAAAACGAACCAUGUACAGCAAAAUAAGCUGGAGAGAAAGGCGUCACGUUUGUAAAUGAAGCAGGAGAGCAAGUGUCCCGGGAGAUGCAGGGUACAACAACUAGUGGCACCAGCGCUGGCACCCCGGCACCAGCAUCCCUGGACAAUCGGAAGUUUGGGUGUUUGGUCCCCUCGGGGGCCGUGUCGAGUGUCGCCAUGCCAUGUGCUCCCGCGAUGCUUCUCUACCACCCACCACCACCACCACCCCCGUUUCUCACGUUCUGCAAUGCUAUUCUACUCUAAUCUGCGCCUUACAGCGUCAUUGUUGUUAUGCGGAUCAGUGAAUAAUGAUGAAGAUCACACCGAAACUGGAAGUGUGCGUGUGACUUCCCGAGCCUAUCUGAACACUGUCUUCGUACCGUACCGUUUCUACUUUCCCUCCGUAGUAGUGCCGUAGAUGUGCGUUUUUAAAGGACACACUCACUGUUGUACUAGCCGUAACACACUUACCUACAUAGUACACUAAUAGUAAUUCUUUCUUAAGCACCUAACAUUUAAUUAAUAGUAAAGCACUCAGCGUACACACAUUUAUGAAAUCAUUGCUGCGCCAGGUUUUUUCAACAUGACCCGCACAUUAUUAAAUCUUUUAUUUUAGUAACAUCAUUAUCAUCAUCUUUACCGUUAUAUCGAUUAGAAGCCAUUUUUCGGACUAUAAAUUGCAAUAGCUGAUAAAUACUCUUCCAGUGUGUAAUUGUUGCUCCGAUUUGCCGAGUUUUCGAGUCUCGAUUGAAACACAUUCAAACGUUUUAUCUCUUGUAUAAUUGCUUCCUAUACUCUAUGUUAGACAAACGAAGAAAGAAACACUUUUAUAAAAUCUGUAAACGUUUGAGUUGCUCAGUUUAGUAUUUAAUAAAACAGAGCUCUAUAAUCCCAA